AUGGGUCGAAAACUGAAAGGAAAGGCCAGUUCCAAGGGUUUGAAAGGAGCUCUGCUUCGACACCAGAUUCACGAACAAGCACAGAAGAAGGUUAAAUCCAAAGCAGAUCAUUCUCUUCACAAACACAAACCAACAAAAGCAAGUUUGGAGCAGCGUGAAUUGCAACGGGAAACAGCUAGCAAAAUAAUCCCUUUUGGUCCAAAUAGCACCCUUUUACUAGUUGGUGAAGGUGAUUUUUCGUUUGCCAGAUCGAUUGUGUCUCAAAACUACGUCAAGCCGGAAAACUUGCUGGUGACGAGUUUCGACAACUCCCCCACAGAACUGAAGCUGAAGUACCCCAAAAGCUUCGAAGACAACUACGACUUUUUGAAGCAAAAUGAUGUUCAAGUCUUCUUUAGAAUCGACGCAACAAAUCUCAUAAAGUCGUUCAAGUUCAGCAGAAAAACCACCUGGUCGAAAAUAGCCGGUCCUGAAUGGGCAACCAAGCCACUCGAGGGUAUUUUGUUCAAUUUUCCACACACGGGGAAGGGCAUCAAGGACCAAGAUAAAAACAUACGAGACCACCAGGAGCUUGUUUUGGGUUAUUUUCAAAGUUGCAAGCAGUUCUUCAAAGCUGUAAAUCAGACUGCGUUAAACGGGUCGGCUCUGAACUAUUCUCAGGGAUACACGAUCAAGCACGAUGCUGCAACAAACAAAGUGUCGAGUGAAGGGUACGGCAAGGUUUACCUCUCCGUAUUCACGGGCGAACCUUAUGAUUCCUGGCAGAUCAAAAUCCUGGCCAGGACAGCAGGGUGGAAGGUAGAGCGGUCCGGCAACUUCCAGUGGGCGAAUUAUCCCGAAUAUUCUCAUAGACGCACGAAUAGUGAACAGGAUACAACAAAGCCUGCAGCGGAAAGAGAGGCUCGAAUGUAUGUUUUUGAGAUUUUCGAUAAACAUUCAAAGGCCUCAAAGAAGCAAAAUGAUUCCGACAGCGAUGAAGAUUAA